AUGUCAAAGCCAACUAUUGCUGUUGUUCCAGGUGCCUGGAUCCCUCAGCAUUUCUACUCUCCGUAUAUGCAUACGCUAGAACAGGCUGGGUUCGAAACUCGCUACGCUGGAUAUCCAUCUCUGGAGCCGAAAGAUCCUUUAACAGCCGAUUGCGCAACAGACGCUGAAGCGGUUCGCACCAUUUUGCAGCCUCUCGUUGAAACUGAGGGUAAAGAUGUAGUUCUCGUGAUGCAUUCUUAUGGGAGUAUGCCUGGCUGUGCCGCCGCCAAAGGGCUGUCGAAAACAGAACGGCGCAUGGCAGGGAAACUUGGGGGUAUUCUAGGCAUGAUAUUGUUCAGUGCUUUCCUCGUGCCCGAGGGAUUGAGCUGCGCUGGCGCUCAGGGGGGUGCUCUUCCCCCAUGGAUCUUGCUUGAUAAUCCUGCGCCUGGUCUCAACGUUCCAAAAGACCCCAUUGAUAUUUUUGCCGCUGAUUUUGAUCACGGUCUCGCCCAGAAGACUGAGCAAGAACUGAGACCACACUCAUCGCUGGCCUUCUUUUCCCCCCAGCCGCCUACAGCUUGCGCGGACCCUGCAUUUAAGGGCCGACUGGCCUAUGUUGUGGCGAGCAAUGACCUUGCGGUCCCGAAAGGCGCUCAGUAUGCAAUGAUAGCAGGAACUGGACAGGAGUGGAAGAUCAAAGAGAUCCCCAGAAGCCACUGUGCGCCUUUCAAGGUUGAACUUGAAGAGAACGUGAAAAUCGUGGCGGAAUUCAUUGAGGAAUUUCAGCGUGUCUAA